AUUAGCAUUUAGUCAUAAUCUCUACGUUACACCAAAGACGAUACUCCUAGUAAUGUAAUUUAAGUGUAUAUGUUAGUUUAUCGUUAUAAAUAGGUUAGACGGUAUCUUUUCUUUCGAGCCUAUUUUUUCCGUAAAUUUUACCAGUUUUAAAGAGAAUAGCUGUAUAACAUCACAACUACAAUGUCCACGUCUGCCCUGGCAUCUCUGACAGCGACUUACACCGACUCUGAAGGCGAAGAAGAAGAUAAUAAUGAGGAUGUAGAAAAAGCCCUUCGGAAGAAAACAACAAAUCCCCUGCAGGGAAGCAAUUCCGACCAGAAAAGUAGUACCUCCUCUCGACCUUCCAGCCCUAGUAUCGUAUCUACAGUGUUUGUCAAAACCAAACUAGCAAAAUUAGUGUCGUAUCAUGACGAUACUAUAGCUUCAGACGAAGAGCCUGAAGCCGAUGACGAUAUUCCGCAACAGAUAAUAUUUGUAAACGACGAAGAAAAAACACAAGAAGCGGAGAUGGUAGAGUUGGAUGGUGUAGUAAUACCUCCUGAACCACCUGGGAGCUGUUCGGCAGAACUACAAGACAAAAUUACCAAAUUAUACGAAAAAAUGCAGACGCAACAAAUGGACAUGAACUCUUUGAUUCAGAAGAGAAAAGACUUUCGAAAUCCGAGCAUUUAUGAGAAACUUAUACAGUAUUGCGGAUUAAACGAACUAGGUACGAAUUAUCCACCCAAUUUAUACGAUCCGCUUAAAUUUGGUAAAGAAUCUUACUAUGAGGAACUGGCGAAAAUCCAGAAAGCUGAAAUGGAUAAGAGAGAAAAGGAACGCAAAGGUAAAGUGAAAUUUGUGUCGGGCACAAAGAAGUUGGAGGAGGAAGCGAACAAAAGGAAAAGUAAAUGGGAUAUGCCCGGCGGGGCUAGCAUGAAGGUAAAUCAGCCUGGAUUGGUGGCACCGCCUACGCUUACCACAACAGCUACAGGAACUAAGAGUAACGUUAUACCGGCUUUUGGAUCGCUACCUAAAAAACCUAAAAUAUAACUUUGUACGUAAUAGAUUUUUUUUUGGCAUAUAUGUUGUUGUAAAUAAAUGUGAUUUAGAUCUUUG